UCACGACCCACCCACAGAAGAAGAGUAAUCGUGCUGCGACUAAGGGAGUCGUCGUUCGUUGCUGCGUCUAAGGGGGAGAGUCGUUCGUGGUGCGUGUAAGCGGAGGAGGAGCCGUUUUGGCCGAAGAGAGGCAUUUGCCAACUAAGGGGAGAGAAGAGAGAGAGAGAGAGAGAGGGAGGGGAGAGGAGAGAGAGAGAGAGGGAGAGAUGGCGAUCUUGUCAGAGAUCGAAGAUGAUUCGAAACGUGAUCGUGCAGAGGCUGUGAAGGAGGAAAGAGCAGUGCCGAAUCCGGUAUCGCCUUCCGGUGUAUCCACGUCAGAGCCUGCAGGGAAGUUCGAUGAUGCCUUAGAGACACUGCUGCGACAGCAUCAGUCAAACCCGCUCCCAUUCCUUGACACCGUGUUUGACUUUCUGGACAGAAAGUCGUUCUUGUUCGCGGACGAUAACGCUCCUUCUGCAGUCUCCGAUCUCGUCGCGGAAGCCAAGAGGAGAAGGGUGGAGAGAUUGAAAUCCACGUCCUCGGCGGCAAAGCUGAGAGCGGCGUCGCCGUCGCCGUCGGUAGAUGGUGCUGCUGGAACUAGAGACGAUGGUGCGAAAGUCGGCGCUCCUGCUGUGGGGAAGAAGCGUGAUCAGCCUCCAUCAGCAGGAGGAGCGGGGUCCACCGACGAUGGACUUGGACGUGGUGGGGGUGCGGAAGGAAAUCUGCACCCCAAGGCUCAGCCCAAGGCUGAAGAAGGGAAGGAGAACGCCAAAGCAGAUCCGAUCGAUUUGAAUGCGAAGCCUGACGACAGCGUGAAAGGCGAUGGCAAGGCAGACGGGAAGCAAGAGGAGGAGGAGGAGGAGGACGGCGGCAAAGGCAUAAAGCCGAAUGCAGGGAAUGGUGCAGACCAUGAGAAGUAUUCUUGGACACAGACUCUGUCAGAGUUGUCAGUGUCGAUCCCUGUGCCCCCGGGCACCAAAGCCCGCGCUUUGACUGUGGACAUCAAGAGGAACCAUCUCAAGGCUGGCCUGAAAGGGAUGCAGCCUAUUCUGGCGGGUGAACUUCACAAAUCUGUCAAGGCGGACGAGUGUUACUGGGGACUUGAGGAUGGGAAAGUUCUGUCGAUACAUUUGACGAAGGUGAAUACGAUGGAGUGGUGGAAUUGCGUGGUGAAUGGUGAGCCUGUCAUCAACACGCAGAAGGUGGAGCCGGAGAACUCGAAGCUUUCUGAUCUCGAUGGGGAGACACGACAGACAGUCGAGAAGAUGAUGUUUGAUCAGCGGCAGAAGGCCUUGGGGCUUCCCACCAGUGAGGAACAGAAGAAGCAGGACAUCUUGAAGAAGUUCAUGGCACAGCAUCCGGACAUGGACUUUUCUCGUGCGAAGAUAGUAUGAACUGCAAGGAAUGACGCUAGCACAAAACUGCGCAGGCGCCUGGCAAGCGAACGACUCAAGAGGCCUUGGUUAACAUGCAGCAAAAGUCGAGGUGGAACUUUGCGAGUGAACGAGUGAGAAGAUUUCUAGAGAGAGCAGCUCAUUCUGGUUUUACGCUAAAAAGCGCCUGUUCUCAUGGGAAGAUAGUGUGAAUUGCAAGGAAUGACAUGAUCACAAAGCUGCAGAGGAGACGGGCAAGUGAAUGACUGAAGAGGCUUUGGUAGACUGGAGUUCUACAGAGAGCAGCACACUGUGGUGGUACGGUUAAAAGCGCUCGUUCGUGCAAUCGUGAAAACGGUAGAGAAGUCUUGAAGGACAUCUGUGGCAGGCUACGAGCUCUACAGAGAGCAGCACAUUGUGGUGGUAGGGUUAAAAGCGCUCGUUCGUGCAAUCGUGAAACGGUAGAAGUCUUGAAGGACAUCUGCCGCAGGCUAUGUAUGCGGUAGCUAGGAUGGAGUUCUGGCUGAGUAGUGUUUUUGUAUGCGUACAGAAUUGUCGCUAGUGUCAGUGUCGGGUUUGAGAUUUUAGAUACGCUGUAGGCUGAAACUAGUCAAAUUAGUGGUGCCACAUGUACUGUGCUUGUUGGGGUUCGAAAGUGCCACCAUUCUGGGGAAGAGGGGUACGCCUGUUGGUUCCUGGCGGAGAACGAGAAGCCACUGUGCUGCUGUGCAUCAUGCUCUAUCGUGUGUGACCUGACGGAGGAGAGGAGGAGCCUCCAUGGUGCUGUAGCACCUGGUGGGUUUCCUUAUUUGUGGAGGGGUCUUGUUCAUAAUUGAUUCUGAGUCUGACUGAUUAUUCUGUGCCCAGGCAGAGCGGGUUUCCUCGAGUCAUUGCUGAUGCCUGGUUUUCUUUCGGGGGUGAAGUUCCGCAUUAAACCACCGGUACACGGCCCCAACCUUGCUGAAAAUGCAACUCGUAGCCUAAAACAUUUUCGGAGGCUUGGCCCACUGGACCACAAUGGCUGAAGGUGCUGGCGAAGAAAGAAAGAAAGAGUGCGCCGCUGGCUGUUCAGAAAAGCUUGGCGCACGGUAAGGCGCGUCCAGGGCCGGGUGUGCUGGUGGUUUAAGGCUCUGAAAUGGAGACGGACAGUACUUUCUGUACUGUGCUUUGCGAGACUGUGCGACGCCGUUUUGCUGUCUUGAGCAAGUAGCAUUUCUGCUGCUGCUGCUUUGACAGCAGAUAAGAGUGCAGAGAGGCGUCAGGCGUCUGCUGAUAUUUGCAAGCAAGGCGGUUGAUUAUGGAUUGGGAGGGGAUGCUGGCGGCCUGUUUGGAACAGGGGACGGUAUGGUGUGUGGAGUAUGUCACUGUUGUUAGCACCGUUUUCGUCAACACACUAGUCUUCUUCAGCAUGCCUCAUGAACGUAAGUGUUUGCUUCGGACUGGUCAUUCUCUUUAGGUUUUAGAUGUGUGCGGAGUGAUGCUUAGAGGUGCAAGGAGGUAGAUGUUCUUUUGUAGGACUGGUGUGUGUUAUGCCGUCUACCCUCGGGAAUCCAUAUUAUGAGUCUGGGUGGCAAGUCCUUUAUCUGAUAAGACCGUAGCUAAGCUGGGGUGGGUGUGUUUUCUUGUGCAUUUGUGACUGUGUGAUGCGUGCGAGACCUCUGCCCCAUUCGAAAACCCAGAAAUUCAAAUGGCUCACGGAUUCCUCCAUAUGAGUGGGGAAAGUAUUGAUACCGACGUAUGUGUAUGUGCAUAGACGACCCCCAACAAAUUCUUUGGUUCCCGUAACGUGUGGGAUAUCAUCGCCGAUAUGUAUAAAGUAGUAUGCAGCGGAGGGUGAAAAGAACAAAAUAAGACGAGUAUCAACUCUUGAGAUGGGCAAGGGAUGCAGGGAGGGUGUGUGGAGAGAGGGUCAAGGGGACUACUAACUAGUAAGAUGAGUGCUGUCCUAAUCACAAAGAAGAGAAACACCGGGAAGUUGCUUCGACUUGUUUCUUGCAAGCACGAAUUGUGCAUACGCUA